AACACUAUAAGUAAAAGCAAAAUAACGAUUAUCAUCAUUGAUUUGUUGGAAGUUAUAACUAUGAAGUCAUUCUUGUUCAUAAUAUCAUUAUACCUUAUUCUGGGAAUUUGGGCAUUCCCUAGAAAUUCUGAUGACGAUGAAAACGAAGAUAGAAUUGCUGGUGGAAACGCAACUACUGUAGAAAGUUUUCCGUAUAUUGUACAGCUAUAUCAGGAAGAUACGCUUUUCUGUGGGGCAUCCAUUAUUGCAAGAAGAUGGGUUAUCACUGCAGGACAUUGUACUUCUGGGGAAAAUGCAACCAAUAUUACAUUACGUGCUGGUGCUUCCGAGACUAAUCAAACAGCAAGAACACCAAUUACUGUAGAGGAGGUGUUCCUUCAUCCCAUGUACAAUGAAACAACGCUAGACUACGAUAUAAGCAUUCUCCGCCUGGAUGAAGAUCUUGUUUUUGGAAGAACGAUUGGCCCAGUUUCUUUACCACCGCCCAAUGUCGUUUUACCUGCAGGAACUAUGGCUACCGUUGCUGGUUGGGGUGAUUUAUCAGAUGGAGGCGUAAUCCCAACUCAAUUGCAGGCAGUAACUAUACCAAUUAUUUCCAAUGAAGAAUGUAUUCGUCAUUACAACGGCACCUUUGCCCUUAUUAGUGAUAGAUCGCUAUGCGCUCUUUAUGCACCAGGAGGAAGAGAUGCUUGUCGUGGUGAUUCUGGAGGACCAUUGACAGUGAACGGUGUGCUUUAUGGAGUGGUGUCUCAAGGUAUAGGCUGUGCGGAUCCCAGAUACCCAGGAAUUUACGCCAAUGUCUCAAAUUUACGCUCCUUUAUCGAAGAUGUUACAGGGCUGUAAUUAUUUUCAUACCAUUUGCAUUUGUAAAUGUUCAUCGUAAUAAAUAAAGAACUUAUACUGUUAUAGCUUA